GCAGAGAAGAAGAUGAAGAGCUGUCUCCGCUGAUGUACGAGGCCUGACGGACAGGAAGCAGGAAGUAGCUCCAGGAUGACGAGCGCGGCACCGGCCAGGAAGCCGUACCGCAAGGCGCCGCCGCAGCACCGAGAGACGCGCCACGGCCCGGCCGUCGCACCGCCGCCGCAGCCCGCCAUCACCCAGGUAACCAGACCCCCCCUAACCACCCCUCCCCCCUCGCGCCGCCACGCCCCCACUCGCCGGGUGCCGUCUGACAGAGGGACGGAUCGGAUCGUGCAGGAGGGACGGAUCGUGCAGGAGGGACGGACCGUGCAGGAGGGACGGAUCGGACCGUGCAAAAGGGACGGAUCGGACCGUGCAGGAGGGACGGACCGUGCAGGAGGGACGGAUCGGGUCGUCCCUGGUGCGGCUAAGCUCCGCCUCCAGGAAGCGCCGCCCGCCGUCAAGCUCCGCCUCCGUCGCCGCCGCCCGGUGGAGGCGGAGCUGCAGGUCCUCGUUCUGCUGCUGCAGCAAUCUGGCUGCAGACUCCAGAACAGCUACACGGCGUCUCAGAGAGCCAAUCAGGACCUGGAGGAGAAGCUGCACGCUCUGGCCGCCGUCAGUCAGACUUGGGUUCAUGCACUACGGAAGGUGGAGAGGGACAAGAAGACAAUGGACCAGGAGAUCGUGGAGCUCACCAACAAGCUGCUGGACGCCAAAACCACGGUGGACCGCCUGGAGGAGCUCAACGAGCGUUACCGGCAGGACUGUAACCUCGCCGUCCAGCUGCUCAAAUGCAACAAGUCCCACUUUAGGAACCACAAGUUUGCUGAUCUUCCCUACGAGCUGCAGGAGAUGCUGAACAAACACAUGAAGAGCAGCCUGCCCGAGCGCGGUGGCCCCGCCCCCGGCGGCGGUGGGGGGGGCGGGGCUCAGGACCCAGACACGCUGAGCCUGACGCCGGCCGACGUGGUCCCGACCUCGGUGAUCGCCCGCGUCCUGGAGAAGCCGGAGCCGCUGCUGCUGAACUCGGCCCAGUCCAGCAGCUGCAGCCGGCCCGUUGCCGAGGACGUCUUCGUGCACGUGGACAUGACGGGCACCGAGCUGCGUGGACGCCACGGGGACGUGUCGGGCGCCGAGCUGCGUGGACGCCACGGGGACGUGACGGGUGCCGAGCUGUGUGGACGCCAGGACGGUGGCCGAGAGACGGCACAGCAUAACGGAUCCUGCCGCAGUCAGAGCAGUCUAGACGGCGUACUGGACGGACCGUCCGGCGGCGAGGAGUCGGCCCCCCCCUCCUUCGAGAAGCUGAAUCCGUACCCGGCGCCGCCGCCCCCCCACCCGCUGUACCCGGGCCGCAAGGUCAUCGAGUUCUCCUCGGACGACAAGGUCAAGAUCCCCAAGAACUCGCCGCUGCCCAACUGCACGUACGCCACGCGGCAGGCCAUCUCCCUGAGCCUGGUGCAGAGCGACGACCCCGCCCCCCCCAGCCCCGCCCCCUCCUCUUCCUCUGGGGGGGGGCGCCGCCACACGCCGCCGGCACACCGGGACGCGGCCGGCGAACCGCUGUCCAACCAGUCCAGCCCCUUCAGCAGCCCCCCACAGGUAACCUCACGAGCUCUGAGUUGGAAACCGUUCGUCACCAUGGAAACACAGACAUUUCCCCCCAACCCCGAAACAGCUGAUAUAAAGACUUCUGAGUCUGCAACCAUGGCAACCAGCUACCAGAUGACCAGUGAAUAA